AUGUCAAAUCGUACGAGGCGCUAUCGAGGCCCAGCACUUUCCAGCGUUGCUGAAACCGAAAGCGUGCACAGUACGGCCGCAUCUGCGGUCUCACCCUUGACGAAAUGUUUGUCGACACCCGAGCAAGUGGGCAUAAUGGAUAUCAGCUUCAUGGCUGAUAAAUCUCAUCGGACAUUUUCGUCGGCGCCGUCCUCGACGGCGAGCACAGAAGCACCAACAUUACCCUCAUUCUCAGUCCUCCUAGAGUCAUUGAAAAAGGCGAGAGUGGUGGAGGGUGAAGGCCAACGGAGAUUGCAUCAAACCGUCCAAGUUGAUGGUGUAUGUGCCAGUCGCAAUCCUUGGUCAUCUGACGAAGAUACAAAGCCACGCAGACUGGUGCAAAUAUAUUACUCAAGGACUGUCACAAGCGAGGAAGGCCCGGGUCGAAAUGCCAAGUUUCGCCGCUAUCGUGUCGACCAGCAGGCCUACAGGAGAGAGAAGAAGGCAGCACGGCGGUUGAAGGCUUUGUGGAGAGGCAAGGCGGAUGAAGGGACUCCUGGGCGUUCAUCAGCACGUCAGGAUGGGAGAGCACGCCCCUCAACGAGACUGGUCUGGAAGCCUGGAGCAGAGGUUGAGGAAGCUAUCAGGAGAGAUUACAAUGCAGCUGGAAUCACUCAUGUUGACGGGAAGGAGAACGCCUUCCUGAAGUUUGGGGGACCUACAAGCCCUUAG